AUGGCAAGCGUACGAACACUCAGGUCAUUGGCGCGCCCAGUCGUCGCCCGUCAAUGGCGUCCAGCUGUAACUCUCCCCGCUAUUCAGUCACGAUUGCACUCAUCCAAACACCCCAAAGGCUUCGAGGCCCCUUCAAAUGAGGAGCUAGAUGAGUUGAGAGAGCGAGUGCAAGAGUUUACUCGCCGCGAAAUCACAGAGGAAGUAGCAGCCAAGACAGACAAGACAAAUGCUUUCCCAGCAGAGAUGUGGCAAAAGCUGGGUGAAGCUGGCUUCCUCGGCAUUACGGCCGACGAGGAUGUGGGAGGUCUCGCUAUGGGUUACCAGGCACACAUCAUCGUCAUGGAAGAGCUAUCACGAGCUUCUGGUUCAAUCGGUCUCAGCUACGCAGCACACUCACAGCUAUGCGUCAACCAGCUACAGCUCAAUGGAUCACCCGAGCAGAAGCAAAAGUAUCUGCCCGGUCUUAUCGCCGGCACAAGCGUCGGAGCGCUGGCCAUGUCUGAGAACAGCGCUGGCAGUGACGUUGUCAGCAUGCGAACAACAGCAAAGGCUGUGGAUGGCGGAUAUGUCCUGAACGGAUCUAAAAUGUGGAUCACCAACGGACCUGACGCUGACUUUAUCGUGGUUUACGCAAAAACCGAGCCGGAGAAGUCUUCAAAGGGUAUCACUGCUUUCAUUGUGGAUACAAAGACCGAGGGCUUCAGCUGUGCUCGCAAGCUUGACAAGAUGGGCAUGCGCGGCAGCAACACCGGCGAGCUCAUGUUUGACGGUGUUUUUGUGCCUACAGAGAACAUUCUCGGUAAGGUCAACGGAGGCGUGCGAGUCCUGAUGGAGGGUCUUGACUUGGAGCGACUGGUGUUGAGUGCCGGGCCCCUUGGUAUCAUGCAAGCCGCACUCGACGUUGCUCUGCCUUUUACACACCAGCGCAAGCAAUUUGGUCAGCCUAUCGCCCAUAACCAGUUCCUUCAAGGCAAGCUGGCAGACAUGUACACCAAACUUCAGGCUUCUCGUUCAUACACCUACUCAACAGCCAAGGCGGUGGAUGAGAACGGCUUGAUCCGCACACAAGACUGCGCAGGAGCGAUCUUGUAUGCCGCAGAGCGAGCGACUGAAUGCACACUUGACUGCAUCCAGCUUCUGGGUGGAAUGGGAUAUGUUGAGGAGAUGCCUGCGUCGAGAUUACUUCGAGAUGCUAAGCUAUAUGAAAUCGGUGCCGGUACUUCCGAGAUUAGACGUAUGGUUAUUGGCAGAGCUUUUAACAAGGAGUAUGCGCAAGCAUAA